GCCAUGGACUACCCGGUCUACCUGCCACAGCGCUCAGCGAACGCUUCACUCCCAGAAUGACGAUUCGCGAUCCGGUGCGCACACUCUUCAUCCUCAAUACCACAUUUAGACGAGGCUAAUUCCAUAUCAAUAGAGCUGGGAUCAGUGCGACGACUGUUGCUCUUGAUGCGGACUUGUGCACCUCGCUGGCUUAAUCCGCAUGGAAGGGGUGUGGAAGAACGCCGGGAGUUGGACGUCUGCAAGGAAGUCAUCUCGAUGCUGCGGGCAGACGUUCUGCUCGAAGGUCAGGACACACUCUUACUAUAGGGUCAGAGGUGCACGUUGCGAGGAUGAGUCAGACUGGACUUCAGGAGGCGCUUCGGUUGCUGACGAGCGACAAGAUAAAGGGCAGAGAGGAGGGACAGACUGCGAUACGGGCCAUCUUUGGCAAGCGCUCGGUAUGCGCACGCUUCGACGAGGAAGAUCCAGAUCGCCAGCGCUGGGUUCGGGUCAUCGAGGCCCUCUUUGCGUGUGCUGCCUUGGACAAAGCUGCGUGUAUGAAGCGUGGGGACUGGCAGGAUGCUCCUCAGGUCGCCAUUAAUCGGGUCAAGCACAGCGCUCAGACGGCUCGCUGGCUCAUCGAGCAAGCUAUCGCAGAAUUUCGGCUCCCAGCCGUGUUUGCUGUGCUGCAGCAGACCUUCAGGCUGCUCGAGCAGCGAGGCCAACCUUUCCAGCCUGUGUUGUUGGAGUGUUUGCAGGCGAUGGGUGCGGCCUUGAGCUACGCGCCUCAUAUCGAUCACUUUGAUGAAGCUCGAUGGUCCGACACAGCGGGUCUGCUGUGUAAUAUCCUCUUUAAAGACAGGCUCUCCGCCAAGUUGGAACAACAUCAAGAGGCUGACAUUCGACUUGACGGUGCCCCUCAGCCAAGCCCAUCCGAUGGAGAAGAUGGCGACGCGGCGCCAUCGGCGCAAGGGCUGGCCACUUCCGACCGGCGCAAAAGGCCCAGGUCUGCCAGCGCCGCGAACGCGAGCUCCCAGAAGAACGUUGCCGGUCCGGAGGACGUCGAAGUGAUGAAGGCCAUUCAGAAGCUCAUUGAAUCGACCACUGCGCCUCUUUGCACGGAUGCGAAGCUUGGGCUGAGGCUUCUCAGCAAGUAUGCCAGGUUUCUCCAAACUUUUAGAACAGACUCCACAGCCCACCUGCCUGCAAUGAUAGGGCUCAACGCCUUGCUGAACAAAUUGCAGUACAACGAACGAAUAACCGUCGCUCGCUUUGCGUUCUGGAGCUGGCCUUCCCUUUUAGCCAUGUGGCCCACCAAAAAUCGGCCUCUCAAGGAGCAGUUGGUCGUUUGCCUGCGAACCCUUCUGCCCAUCGUUGCCCGUGCGCUUGCAUGUCCAGGUCCUCGGGCAGCGGGUCUCGCCUCGUCAACGCAAAGCGCCGCUGACGUGGCAGAGCAAGGGCAGCGCGCCAAGUGCCUGGCUCAGGUGUUUGAGCUCGUGCAAACGGAGUGUGACCAUCGCUGGGCGAUACCACCUCUCACGCUGGCCAAUGUCGAUCUCGCGCAUCAACCUGGAGCUCCUUGCGCAGGGCUUGAAGCGGAACAUGUGCUACUUGCUGGCACAAUCAGGCCUGGCAGAGGUUUCACCGCCCCUCACGCCCUUAGUUGGGCAAUGCUCGAGCUUGCUGCCGAUGCCGCAAUUUGCAUUCAGGCGCUGGGCUACUCUUCGACCCGAAGCGAUCUCGUCCAAUCAGCAAAUGACAUCGAAUCAGGCGACGCGCAAGAAGUAUCAGCAAUCUCUCGCUUUAGAUCGGCGCCUCAUGGCCAGGGCUCGCAUGCUGCCAGUACUCCCACAUUCACCUCGAGAACGACAAGCGUCCUUCUGUCUAAAGGCGGCACGAUUCGUCACGAUGCCAAACGGCGCCGUCUGGAAGAUUCGGCGAUGGCCACAUGGACCCCACAAAGCGCUGUUGGUACCCUGAUAGGCAGAUUGUGCAAAGCAGCAAGCUUGCUCGAGCCCGCUAAGCGUAUUUGGUAUCUGCAAAUCAUUCUCUUUGUCAACGCGAGGCACUGGAAGCAGCUAGAUCCCGACGAACGCCGAGCUGUCCUCGAGUACCUCCUUGGUCACGCUUCUGGCGACGAUAUAGACGUUCAGUGUUGGUCUCUCGUCGCAUUCGCAGCAGCCGCUCGCAACUCGGCAUCCUCGCGCACUGUAGCUGAGGCUUCGAUCUGGUCAAGUAUAUGGCCACUGGCAUGCCGGCGGAUGACCAUGCCCGGCGCCGCUCGCGCUGGUGCCCACGCUGCACUAGCCAUACUUCAAGCUGGGCUCCUGGAGCCGAGUAUCAUUCACCCUCAGAUCGAAACGCUCCUUGGGAGCAUUGACCUUCAAGGUCCCAAUCAAGUCUCCGACGCUGUGUGCGCCUUUCUCUGCGAGUGCCUGUGUCGCUGUCGAGCUACGCCUGGCAUAGAUGCUCGUACAAUGGAGCAAAAGUGCGCUACAUGGCUAAUGGCUACCUGGUCUCCUUCAGAAGCUGUUUCUAGGCGCUCGAAAACGAACAUUCGCGCGGAAGAGCAAGGCGCGGUCGAUCUUGCCAACCUCAUGGCAAACAUCUGCCGACUUUCUCGUUGGCCGACUCUCGCACGCGUGCGUCCAUUGCUCCCAUCCUGCGCCGUCAUAACGCAGAACCUUGAUAACGCCGAGAAUGCCUCACUCGGAGCGUUCCUCUUGCAAUGCGACGUGAGCGACCCCGAGGUCGCUUCCGACUCCGCGCAGCUCGCCGACGUGGAGUUCGAAGAAGGGGUUCCUUCGCGAGAACCAGAGCCGAUCGGUCAACGGCUGCUCGCGUUUGUUGACCGCAAUCUGCAGAUCUUUCUAGAUGAGUGGUCGGAUGCCAGCGACAGUACUGGCAAGGUCAGACUGAAGGCGCAUGGCACAGUAGAACAAGUGCGACGUACGGUGGACUUCGCGACCGCCGCGCUCUUGUUCGACGCGAUCCUUCGAGCAAAUCACGUGGAAUCGUCUCGUACGCUCUCAUCCGCCGCUAGUAGCUUAUUGGCCUCUGCAAUCGGCGCAGCAGCUGACCAGCGAUGGGCGCCUUCAGCACGCCUUACAAUACUCAAGGGUCUCGAGCCGCUGCUGCCUUGUCGACCUGUGGUACGAUCAGAUAGCACGCUUGACAAAUGGUCAGCACUUGUCCGGCCAGGAGCUCAUUCUGGCGCGCAACGGAAGCUUACCAAUGACUCAUUGAGCAAGCCUCCAGACGUCCCGUCCGCCGUAUUUCACGCUCGGCUUUGGCGUCAAAUAAGCUGUCAAGAAGUGAUCCUCGAAACUUUGCGGAGUGUGCUUGGCCGAGUGGCAAAGCCCACUGAAUCGUUGCGAAGCGUCGGUACUCAGGCUGUCGCGGCGGAGGACGACGGAGUGUGGAGCAAUAUUCGCUCUGCGGACGAUGGCCAGAGGUCGGAAAAUGCGUCUGCUGUUGAAGAUCUCACCAAUCGUCUCACGAUCGAGCUUUGCAUCGGAACUCUGUGUGAUGUCCCCAUGUUGAGGCUGCCACAAACGCCGUGCCAGCGCUCCGGAGAAGGCGUUCUACGUGAAGAAGACGUCGCCACUAGCAGCUUCGGACCUGGUAAUACUCAACCUCAAGCGACAUCAGACGACACCAUCAGUCAGCUCCUUGUUGAGGGACCCAUAAGUUUUUUGCAAUUAGCUCUUGGGACCGCUUGUCGAUUGUUUGAGCAGCAUCGCCUACACUUCACCCGCAGCACGCUGAACACCAUCAUUGUCCGACUUGGUGAUGACAUGCUCUUGCUAUACGAGCACGAACAAAGCGAGCAGGCGCAGCUGCUAGCCAUCAAUCUUCUUGACCGCACCCUUUCGGCAUGGUCUCACCCCUCCGCGUCCCAGUCCGAGCUUCAACGUAACGCCGAGAAGCUUGCCGGCUACUUUGCCAAACGUUUCUCAAAACGGCACAUGCUUACUGCCCUUGUUCGACUACGAUCAGGAGUCUUCGUUGAGCGCAUGCUCAGGUGCAUGUCGGGAGCCGAUCGCAUAGUAUCUAAAACGCUGGUCGCGCCCAUCAAGUGGCGCCCAGAAAGGCCGGCGGAUCUCAAAGCGCAGUCGCUUCUGCACUCGCUCCUAAGAUCUGUCGUGGAUAAAGAUGCAGGUGUCCGUUUUGCCGCAGCCUCCCGUGUUGGCCGACUUGUCGACAUAUGCGCAUCUGGCAAAAUUCUUAAUCUCGAAGCCCUUUACGAGGAGCUGAGGAGUCUACUGCCGGACGACGUAUCAGAUGCUGAGCUGAUGAUGACGCGAGUUCUGACUCUAGGUAACGUGUUGAUCUCAAACGGGCCCGUGCGCUAUCUUGCGAUCUACCACCUCCUCGAGCUCUCGCUCGUCAGCACCCAAUAUCACGAAAUACUCGCUACGGUCUUUGAGGCGGUUGCGUUGCGCUUAGGCUUCGCUAGUGCUCGCGAUUUGUGGCUCCACUUCUGUCCUAGCUCGACGUGGUUCCUUAUACAAGGCGGCUAUGAUCCUCUACGUCUGCCUUACAACGUUCUUGGGUAUACGUCCCGCAAACACUGCGUGGAAGGGACCUUCCGACCUGUCGCUUCCAUACUUUUGGCUGCAGAGCAGGAUCACCAUCUGGAAGCUUUCACUACCCUCACGAGCUUCACUAGGAAGAGCACUGACACCGCUAUGAAAGAAUGUUUGCCUUUUCUUGCCGCCAUUGAGGCUGGCUCGUUAGGAGAAGAGAGCGCUUUCUCGCAAACCAGACCGGAUUACAAGCAGCAGCGCAAGACUCUGCAAGCUCGUCUUGCCUCGCGAUGGCAUCUACCUCCAGCGCGCUUCCACGAGAUCAGCGCCAUGCUGUCAGAGACCGCAAAUUUAGUCGUUGUCGCUCUUCUCCAAAAUUUGUACGACUCCACUGAUCGAGACCGGCGGAGCGACGCAACCAGCCUUGACACGAUUCCAGGCGUAGGCAGAGGUUUGGGUAUCGUUCUCACCGCUCUCGAGGGGGGCAAUCCUCAGAGUGCCAUGGUGCUUCGCGCUCUCCUCCGACCAAUAGACGCGCACGAAGCUCCAGACCUAGACUCAUAUCUUCCUGCUAGGCCCUUUUACAGCGCUGCAGCGGUCUAUCACGGCCUGCAGAUCCUGGCAGACGGAGAAGACGAGCUGGUGAGCGCCGCUACAGCGUACCACGUUGUCCGGCGUUUGUUCGGUGCCAUAGCUAGCGGAUGCUUGAUCAAUGAUCAGCAUAGACAUUUGUUCGCAUUGAAGCUAUAUAUCGCUAUAGCAUCCCCAUCAAUCAUUGAGGACAACGUUGUGCUAUGUUGCAUCAUCCAAGGAGCCUUGGGCCUUCUUCAAGCCUUAGACUUAAGCGACCAGACCCUGAGCCUACUCGACUGGAGCCUUCGACGCGUACUGCAUCUCUCACCUACAUCACCUCGCCUUGCACCUCUGCUGACUGCACUGUUGCACACCGCCGAGUCGCUCGACGUCAGUGGCGAAGAGAACAAGCGCAGUCUUAGUACGAGAAUACUUUCGUGGCUAGGCCGAGUCCUGCAGGAGUCCACUGAUCACCAAGCUCAGUCGACAAUCUCAUUGGUGCUUCUGGCUUGGCCUGCCGAGCUGCCAGCACCUUUAGCAGCUCAAAUGGAGGGCAAGAUGUCGAUAACAGAUUUUGCCAGCGCGACUUGCCAGCUGCCGGCCAACGCCAUGAAUGCAUACUUCAUUCGUCGGCUCGAGCCUGCCCUGGCUGCAGCAUCAGAGGAUGCGAGGAACGAAUUUCAAGCUGGCGCCAUUUGGCGGCUCUUGGCACCCAGUGCGGCCGACGACAACAUCGUCAAGCGUGGUGAACGGGCUCAUGCACUAGCAAGAAUACUUUACUUGUGUCAAAAUCAGCUGAGGUCACCGUCGGCGAAUCACAACGGCGCAGAGCUGUCGGCUGCCUUGCCCGCCUACGCCCUCAGCGAAGAUUUAUGUGCAGACCUCCUAGGACCGCUGAAGAGUGCGAUCCUGGCGGUGCUGCUGGAUUCCUUGAACAAAGUUGAGUCAGUAAGCACAGUCGACACUCUACUUCGUCCUCUCUGCGCCAUCCUCAGCUCCGAGCCCGCGUUGCGCGAAGCUCAUGUCAGAACCGAUAGCGCAUCAUUGCACGAGUUCAACUUGCUCUCCGCAUUCGCUUCCGAAAUGCACGUCCCUCGGCGCCGCUCGAUCGUGGAGCUUGAGCUCUGGUCUAUAGAUUGUUCAUCGGACGACUACGAAAUAUGGGCGUCCCGCUUUGCGCUGCUGCUAUGCGACGUGCUUUCCCUGUUACAGCCCGUCUCUUUCUUCGGGCAGAUCGCUCCUGUUCUUCGGCACAACUGGCAGAUGGCAGGCACCCUGCUGCCUGCGUUGCUGCAUGCUACACUUGAGACGGAGCAGCUCGCGCAAGACCUCUCAGAGAUCCAAGGGUCCUCUGCCACCAUUUCGAAGCACUUCACAGCCUUAUUAGAGCGUCCCGAAUGCGACAGACGAAUUUGGAAAGCAGUGAUUGAAAUGGUCAUCCAUCUUCGCAAGUACGUUCGCGGUGACUCGCCCAUCGGUGAUCAAUGGCUGCAGAUCGACUUUCUUCUGUUGGCACGUUGCGCCUCCGACGUUCGCCGCUUUGCCUCCGCGAUGCUUUUCGUGGAACUUGCGAAGGAGUACACAAGGCCCGAUGGUGGUGAAGAAGACUUCAACUCGAGCGAUCCCAAAGUACUGGAGCUUCUCUAUCAAAUCUGCGAAAGUAUCGAAGACCCAGACAGCUUUUACGCGAUUCGAGAUAAUGAUCUUCGCAGAGCUCUAGUCGGAAGGCUGCAUCACGAGAAGCGAUGGGGCCGCGCGUUCGAAAUGCACGCCGCAAGCCUGGAAAGUGCUUCUGAUGCGCUCUUCCGUCGGGGUCUUGGAAGCGACACGGCACAUCUCAACCUGACCUUGCACGAGAUGGGCUUCAACCGCCUCUCGAGUCUUCUUGACCGUGAUGUCGCCAACCUGACCUCAGGUGGUGAAGGCUCAAAUGAGCCCUGCAGCUUCCAAAGUACGAGCGCGAAAGUGCAAGGAGAUGUUCGCGACAUCACUUAUGACGUAGCUUGGAGAGCUGGCAACUGGGACCUGCCACUUGGAGACCGAAGUCUGCUUGGCUCCGAUCGCAACGUGUACGCCGCGCUGCGAGGCCUCCAUCAGAAUCGCAGUGCUUUCACUUCCAAAAGAGCCCUGCUCAACACUCUGAGCGACGAGCUGUCCGCUUUCAAUACCAUUGGACCGGAAGCAAACACCCUAGCUCGAAGGAUUGGCCGGAAUCUUAUGAGUCUCGGAGAGGUAGCGCAGUGGCAAGGGCUCCUGUCCGGCAAUGCCACUGCGACGCCUUUUGUCAACGCAAAUCCAGAACACUCCAGCGACUUUUUGGAGUUUGACGACUUCGAGCGUCUCCUGAGCAUACGGGUUGCUUUGAUCCGACUCGAACGCUCCUAUAGCCGCCGAGAUGACAUCGGCGAAGGCAUUCGCACCGGUGUUGACGUAGACCUUUCUGCGAGGGAGAUUGGAAUCCUUAUGCGCCUCAGCCAAGGGGCACGCGAUCACGUGCUGCCGCAAACAGCCAUGAGAUCUGUCCUUGCAGCACAAGAGCUUCAUAAUGACGUUGCUGUCGACGCUCCUGUCGCAAGUGUUCGCGCUAAAAAUUUCACGAGCGCAGGAGCCCUGACCGAAGAACUGGCAAGCGUUCUGUGGACACAAGGCGAGCACACAAUGGCUAUCCAAGCGCUGGAACAUGUGCUGCCCCGACAUGUAUCCAACAACAACAAGGAAAUGGUAGAGGCAGCACUCAGGAGGUCGAGACUGGGCCGCUGGCGUGCCACAGCUCGUUCUGACCAGCCGCGUCGUAUAGACUCGGACUACUUUCAGGUCGCUUGGGAGCUUGUUUUAGACGGCCGCGGUACUGCUGCUGACAGAGCGCAGGUUGCUCAUGACUAUGCGACCUUUGCAGAUGAGCAGUGCCAUAGCACGUCUGUCAAUGAGGAGGUAUGCAAGCUGGAGCGCUUCGUAAAGGACCGGCGAGCAGAAAUCGACUCGAUCGAGACCGCCAUGGGCGAGGAGGCCGAUGUCGGACGCAAGAAAAAAAUGGGUCGUCAGAGGGGUGAGGCGAAGAAGCUUUUGAAAAUCGACGAGGCCCAACUGGUGCAACACGUCAACGCUCGCAAGGCCUUUCGCGACCGUGCAGCCAACAUGUUUGCCGUUUCGCUGACUGACAGCGAUAGCUUCGAUGGAGACGUCAUUAAGCUCACGUCACUGUGGUUCGAACACGCGGAUGACGAGGCGUUCAACGGUCGUUUGCGAGACUCUAUACUAGCGAUCCCUUCCCAGAAGUUCGUGCUUUUGAUGCAUCAAAUCUCGUCUCGGCUCUCCAAGACUGGAAGCAGCGCCCGCAACACGCCCCUAAGUGCUUCUUCUGCGACGAGCGAGACUUUUGCUUCAACGCUCUUCGCGGUCACGCGAAAGAUGGCUUUGGAGCACCCCUUUCAUUGCUUGUACGCUCUGUAUGCUCUUCGAAAGGGGGCGGAAUUGGAGAAGUCGUCUGCUCGCCGAGGCGAACUUAAUCUGGCUCAGCUCGCAGCUAGUCCGCAGCAACUGCGCGGCGCAGCCGCGGAAGACAUCAUCCAUCAAGCUCGCAAUAAUCCAAAGCUCAAGGGCCGUCUGACAGCAUGGCAGAAGGUUUGCGAUGCUUGUGUAGAGUGGGCGGAGAUAAGUUUGCCACAUACCUACCCCAGCCUCUACCCAAAAGGACGCGUGGAACCGGGGGGACGGAUCCUGCCGUCAGAGCCUCCGCUGAAGCUGCGUCGCAUUAGGGACGUACCAGUGCCAGUCAUGACAUGCAGGCUAGCACUCGAUCCGACAUGCAAGUACGAACACUUUGUCAGCAUCGCACGAUUUAGCGAACGUUUUUCAACUGCAGGCGGAAUCCACAAUCCCAAGAUUACGGAGUGUCUCGGCUCCGAUGGCCAGCGUUAUAAGCAAUUGUUCAAGACAGAGGACGACUUGAGACAAGACGCAGUCAUGCAGCAAGUCUUUGUGCUUGUGAAUGGUCUUCUUCAGCGUGACAAAGCCGCUAGGAAGAGAAGGCUUCAUGUGCGAACGUACGCUGUCAUACCACUCGGACCGCAGUGUGGCCUUCUGGAGUUCGUAGCAGACACGGAGCCGAUCGGGACGCAGCUGAUGGACGCCCACAAUAGGCACGCUACGCCUGGAAGUCUAACGCCAAUGGAAGCCCGCGUGGCAAUGCACAAUGCGCAAGGCGGCACUUACGACGAGCGCGUCGACACGUACCUCCAGGUCUGCGAGCGAUUCCCGCCAGCUUUUCGCUUCUACUUCUUUGAUCGUUAUCAUGUUCCAUUGACUUGGCUUGAGACUCGCCUGAACUACACCCGCAGUGUUGCGGUCUCUUCCAUCGUCGGGCACAUGCUUGGCAUCGGUGAUCGACACGUGUCCAACAUUCUUCUCGAUACGCACAGCGGCGAGGUCAUCCACAUUGACUUUGGCGUAGCAUUCGAGCAGGGUCGUCUGCUGCCGAUUCCCGAACUUGUUCCGUUCCGCUUGACGCGCGAUGUCAUCGACGGAAUGGGCCUCUCGGGUACCGAAGGCGUCUUCAGGCGAUGUUGCGAAGAGACCCUUCGCGUGCUGCGCGAGGGUGCCAACGUAGUUCAAACGGUGCUGGAAGUCUUCAAGUAUGAUCCUUUAUGGGCUUGGUCCUCGAAUCCAGUCAAAGUCUUGAAGGCGCAAGCAGGCGGAGAAGACUUUUACGCUAACGCACCUCGGGUCGGCACCUCAGGCGUUCGUGGAGCUGCCUUGAGCUCCACCAACUCGGGCCUCGGUACUUCGGAGCCUGGCAGAGGCGAGCGGGGUACAGCUGAGCUGCUGGCCGAAAGGGCUAUCAGCUCAGUCAUGGCGAAGUUGUCGCCAAAUCUCAGCGUCGAAUACACAGUAAAUGAUUUGAUCCAGCAAGCCACGAUCCCAGAGCAUCUUGGCGUCAUCUUUCAUGGGUGGCAGCCUGCGCUUUGAGAUCUUCAGAACGAUUUGAACGUCUUCGACUCUCCUUCUAGAAGACAGCCUUUGUUCAUGAGCACACAGGCAAGACUGCAUUCCGAGCCAUGCUUCACUGCUUACGUGCGCGCAGUGAACAAUCAAUCCAAAUUGAGCUCCCUUGCC